AUGCAAUACAACUAUGUGCCGGCAGAAUGUGCAGCUGCUGCAGCACAACAGCAUCAGCGGCUGCCCCACGCCGGUGGCUUUGCUGCAUUCCAAAGCCCUACACUACGCUUCAGGGCAAUUGCGGACCGCUUCAAUAGCGUGGAGGAGGUCCAAGAUGCCCUUCGGAAAGGCGGGCUGGAGUCCUCAAACCUCAUCGUCGCACUGGACUUUACAAAGAGCAACGAAUGGACGGGCAAGCGGAGCUUUGGCGGAAAGUCUCUCCACGCUAUAGGUGACAUGCCUUCACCGUACGAGGACGCCAUCAGUGCCAUUGGCAAGACGCUGUCAGUUUUUGACGACGAUGGGCUCAUCCCUGCUUAUGGCUUCGGUGACGCCACCUCCGGCGACAAGGCCGUGUUCUCUUUCCUCCCGGGGGAUAAGCCCUGCCAGGGACUCGACCAGGUUCUGUGGCGGUACCGAGAAAUUUGCCCCUACAUCCGCAUGGCGGGGCCUACCUCGUUCGCGCCGGCCAUACGUCAAGCAUGCCGCAUUGUGGAGCAGUCGGGGUACCAAUACCACAUUUUGCUGCUGGUGGCGGAUGGGCAGGUAUCUAGGUCAUCCGACCUGCUUCCGGGACAACACAGCGAGCAGGAACAAGACACGAUAGACGCCAUCGUUGAGGCCAGUUAUCUACCGCUGUCCAUCGUCAUGGUGGGAGUGGGUGACGGCCCCUGGGAUGUCAUGAAGGACUUUGACGACGCGCUUCCACAACGGCAGUUUGACAACUUCCAGUUCGUGAACUUUACGGAGAUCAUGUCGAGUACCUCGGGCAAUCUGGAGCGGCGUGAGGCCCUUUUUGCGCUUCGGGCACUAAUGGAAAUUCCUGAGCAGUACCAG